UAUGGACAAUGUCUACAGAUGCCUUUCGCAAAGGUGCUCAGAUGAAGAAGUGCCACCUCUCAAAAUACAAGUUCCUGCCACCCCGGGAACUGGAGACCUUCAAGAAUGUCAAGGACAGAUUUGAGGACAUCAUGCUGUUGUCAGACCGAAAAUGCAACACCAAGAUUUUCCACCGGAACUGGGAAGUCAAAGAGCUAUCGGUGCACAACAGAGUGAUCCUGGUAAAGGAGGAGCUGCACCUCGUUAUUGACGUGCUGGAGAACAUUGGGGAUCCUGGUCUGUCUGAGCUGCUCGGGAGGCCAUUAGAAAUCCUGAGGCACAUCAGAGAGGACUUGAAGAGCUGCACCAGACAUCAGCCUGACAACCAUCAAUGCUCCAGGAGGCUGACUAGCUGGCUCCAAAAAUUCCACGCAGCCAAGAAGAUGGAAACUCCAGGGUGCCUGGAAGCAUCUGUGGUUCUCUAUCUCUUCCGACUGCUGAACGAAGACUUGAAGUGCGCAGCCUACAUGGAGGCCUGCACCUAAAUGCCAGGUCUUUACUCUGUCUCACCUCAUGCAUCUAAUCAGACACUGCAGAGCCCAGCGAAUGGGAACCCUGAAUCCUUCCUACAGGACACUGUAUUUUAACCAGGCGUGAUGCUCUUUCCUUAUUGGCAUUUUACCACGGAUACCCAUCACCCAUGAUCUCUGAACAAAAGAUUCACAUACAACUGAUCUUCAGGAACAGACCUUGCUAACUCCAAUUGCCAGUAGCUGAUUGGUUCCAGGCCAAUUCCUUAACUGCGGCUAAAGUGUAGGGCCUGUUCCCCCUGAAAUCAAUGGGAGAUUGGCCAGUGAUUUCAGUGGGAUUAAAAUAUGGCCCUGGAGGAUAUUAUUAUUUAUUGUGUUGGUUUAUUGCUACACAAAACUAUUUGCCAGUAGUAUGUUAAGUG